AAUAAAAUAAGACGAGGCGUUUCUUUAUAUUUUGUCCGAUUAAGAGAACAUUUUCUCGUGUCCGCGUCCGUUCAAGAUAAUGUCCGUCAAAGAGAGAGUUAAUACAAUGCAAAUUGUAUGAGAGUUUAAAGGAGGUGUCCUUGCAAGCAACAUUAAAGUAAAAAGCAAUCCCUCGUCUAUAUCAGUUAAAUUUACUUCUUAGCCUAAUAGAAAAAGUCAUUAUUCAUUUUAUCUAUGAACUAUGACUAUGAAAAAAUUCAAAACCUUGAAAAUCUCAAUAAUCUAAUGACAUUCAUAAGUGUUUAUUAUUUGUUUUCCUACAUGAUACUAUAAUUUUUGGGACAAUCUGCAUACAAUUGAAAAAAAUCGAUCUUUGACACUGUGAUAAUUCACAAUGCAGAGCCCAAACAAGCUGGAGGGAUGCCAGUACCUGGGCAGGGUCAAGGUGCUCCUGGGAUGCCUGAUCCCAUCAACGCCUUACAGAAUCUAGCGAGCCAAGGCACCCGCAACCCCAUGAUGAACAUGGGGCCCCAGCCAGGGCAGAUGGGAGGCCCCCAACAGGCCCCGAACGCCAACUUGUUACAGACGAUCAAUCGGGGACCUGGACAACAGUUGAUGAUGGGGAAUAUGCCGGGUAAUAUGCCUGGCAUGCAGGACCCUCAAAAUAUCGGCAUGCCCCCAAAUGGCAGCCCAAUGGGCGGCAACCAGAUGGUGAGCCAGGUAGCAAACCAGAUCCGUCUUCAGCAGAUGCAGAACGCCAGCAUGGCCCAAAUGGGCAACCAAAUGCCGGGCCAUUUGGCCAAUCAAAUGCAGGGAGGAGUGCCCAAUCAGAUGCCUGGACAGAUGCCCGGUCAGAUGCAGAUGGCCGGAGCUAUGGCGAAUCAGAUGCAGAAUCAAAUGAUGGGCGGCAUGCCUCCGAUGCAACAGCAAAAACCGCCGCCUCCCCAACAGCAGAUGCUGAUGAACCAGAUGGGCGCGGCCAAGUUUCAAGGCGGCGGACCGCAAGGGCCCCCCCAGAUGUUCCAGCAGUCUCCGUCACCGUCGGUGCAGUCUCCGGCUGGUAGCGGCGGGUUAGUCGGGCAGCCGCCCGUGGCCAGUCCGGCCCUGGCGCCGUCGCCGGGAAUGGGCAUGGGCGCAGGUGGAGGGGGAGGCGGUGCCGGACAGCAGCCCAGAUCGGUGGGUAUGGCUCCGUCACCAAGCAGUUCCUCCCUCAACACCCCGGCCGGUCAGACCGGUCACAGUCCGAUGGCCGGUGCAGGUACGCCUGGAGGUCAGGGGGCCAUGACCGACGAGCAGGCGUACAGGGAAAAGGUGAGGCAGCUCAGCAAGUAUAUCGAACCGCUUAGGAAAAUGAUCACCAAAAUGGGCAAUGACGACGUUGAAAAAAUGAGCAAGAUGAAAAAACUCCUGGAAAUCUUAUCAAACCCGCAACAGCGUAUGCCUCUGGACACGCUGAGAAAAUGCGAGAUCGUCCUGGAAAAGAUCGACUUCAAGAGAGGCGACAGCAGUGUCCCGACUUCGACUACGUCUCAUCUACCGUUCAAGGAACCACAUGUCUUCCACUCUCUCUUAGACGCGGUCAGUAACAAUCUGCAAAGUCCUGUGAUCAACCAUACGCUGCACAGGACCUUCGGACCUACUUUGGAAGCGCUUUUCGGUCCGGAAAUUAAACUGGUGCCGCCGCUGAAGAAACAAAAAAUCGAAGAACCGACCAGCGACAUCCCGGACGUGCUCCAAGGCGAGAUCGCUCGCUUGGACCAACGUUUCAAAGUCUCACUGGAUCCCAACCAACAACCGGGCUCCAAAUCGAUCCAACUAACCUGUUGGCUGGACGACAAGCACCUGCCCUGCGUGCCGCCUGUCUACCUUAUCGUCCCCGAGGACUACCCGAAAAAGUCGCCGAUCUGCCACAUGGCCCCGCACGAGUACAACGCGACCCAGUUUUUGUCUGCCGUGCAAACGGGGUUGUCAGCCAGGAUCAAGAAGCUGCCGAAGCAUUUUUCGGUGUCUCAGUUGUUGGAUACGUGGGAGAUGAGCGUUAGGCAGGCGUCGGCGCCGACUAGCGUGCCAGUUAACACGCAGAUUCUGUUGAUGGGGUUGUAAUAUUCACAGAGCGAUGUAACGUCUGAAAUUUGCUGACGAUCCUCAAUGUUUGUCUGGUCGAGUCUUUAUCUUUUACACCGUCCGUUUUUUCAAAAUAUUUUGAUAUUUCCAUACUUUUUGGGACAUGUAUACAGGGUGACAGGUAAAUAGGUGUAAAACAUUUUAGGAGGUGAUAGUACAGCUUUGCUAUCGAAAUUAGUAUAUAAUACCAUACCCUAUAUUCAAAGGUUGAAAAGUUAUUGAAGAUUUAAGAUUUUUUUAAAAACAAUCCAUAUUUCAGAGUAAAAAAGUCGAGAGAGAAAAAAGUUGGC